AUGUCACUGACUUUAAAGAAAAGAGGCCCAAAGAAAGGUGAACGUGUUCGUUCACCCUCUGAACCGGAUGAUAUCAAAUCCAAGGUCGACUUGCCUAUUGUUACCCCUGAACCUGAACCUGAAUUCAAAUAUUGGGCUGCUUGUAUUGUUGUCACUACCUUAGCUGCCUGGACUAGAUUUUACAAGAUAGGUACUCCUGAUAAAGUUGUUUUUGAUGAAGUCCAUUUUGGUAAGUUUGCUUCUUACUAUUUGGAAGGGACUUAUUUCUUUGAUUUACAUCCUCCAUUUGCCAAAUUGUUAAUUGCCUUUGUUGGUUGGUUAAUUGGUUAUAAUGGCAAGUUCAAAUUUGAAAGUAUUGGUGAAUCUUACAUUGAAAAUAGCGUCCCAUAUCUUGCCUAUAGAUCUUUACUGGCUAUUCAAGGAACUGCCACUGUCCCAAUUAUGUUCUUAACUAUGAAAACCUUGGGAUUUUCUGUUGCUGCAUGUAUUAUGUCCAGUAUUAUUGUCUGUUUUGAUAAUGCUCAUGUUACUGAUAGUAGAUUGAUUUUAUUGGAUGCUACCUUAAAUUUAACUGUAGCAAUGGCAAUCUAUUGCUAUGCCAAAUUUUCCACCUACAGAAAACAUCCAUUUACUCAAUCGUGGUGGACUUGGUUAUUUGCUACUGGUAUUUCGUUAUCAUUGGUUAUUUCCACAAAAUAUGUUGGUGUUCUUACUUACGUUACUAUUGGUAUUGGUGUUUUACAUGAAUUAUGGAUCUUGUUAGAUUACAGACGUGGGUUGACGUUGGGUCAAUUUGCCCAGCAUUUCUUUGCCAGAUUCUUUGCCUUGAUUUUAGUUCCAUUUUGUUUGUAUUUAUACUGGUUCUACAUUCAUUUCGCUGUUUUGUCCAAAUCUGGUCCUGGCGACAACUUCAUGUCUAGUGAAUUUCAAGAAACUUUGCUUGAAUCACCAAUGGCUAAAUUCUCCAAACAAGUUAAGUAUUGUGAUCAAAUUACCAUCAAACAUAAGGACACUGAAGCUUUCUUGCAUUCUCAUGAAUACGAUUACCCAUUAAGAUAUGAAAAUGGUAGAGUCUCUUCGAAUACUAGACAGGUUAAUGCUGUUAUUGACUCUGCUGAAGAAGACGUCAACAAUCAAUGGGAAAUUGUUCCUAUUGGUGAUAAAAAGAAGGGACAAGAUGUUUUCACCAACGAUAUCAUUAGACUUAGACAUGUUGGAACUGGUGGUUACUUGUUAACUCACGAUGUUGCAUCUCCUUUGAAAGCCACACACGAGGAAUUCACUUUAGCCUUUGAUGAAGAAGAAGGAAGUAAGAAGUACAACGAAACUUUAUUCAGAUUGAGAAUGUAUCAUGCAAGUUCAUCUGCCAAGAAACAAAACCAACGUAAACGAGUCAUGACUAGAGCUACCCCAUUAAAGAUUGUUCAUAUGGAUACAGUUGUUGCCAUGUGGACACAUAAUGACGAAGUAUUGCCUGAAUGGGGGUUCGGACAACAAGAAGUUUGUGGUAACAAAAAGAUUCAAGACAAAGAUAACGUAUGGACUUUUGAUACAAUCACUAAUUUGGCACCAACCGAUGUUCGUUCUAAAUACAUUCCAAAGACAGUCACAACGAUGCCAUUCUUGAAGAAAUGGUGGGAGUUACAAUUCUUGAUGUUUGAACACAACAACAAAUUAUCUUCAGAACAUCCAUUUGCUUCCCAACCUAAUGAAUGGCCAUUGGCACUUUCCGGUGUCUCCUUUUACAAUGACAAGAAAACAAGAAGACAAAUUUUCUUUGUGGGUAACAUUCCAGGUUUCUGGUUAGAAGUUUGUUUGCUUUCCAUCUAUAUUGGAUUAUUAUUGGGUGAUCAAAUUUCUCUUCGUAGAAACUUCCAUUUGUUGAGUAAGAAGGCGAGAUCAAGAUUAUACAACACCUUGGGAUUCUUAUUUGCCGGAUGGGCAGCUCAUUAUUUCCCAUUCUAUUUAAUGGCUCGUCAAAAGUUCUUACAUCAUUACUUACCAGCACAUUUAAUUGCCGCAUUAUUCUCGGGUGGAUUAGUGGAAUUCAUAUCUACAAAUAAUUCCCCAACGGGUAAUGGAAGAGUCAACAAGUACAAAAUUAGUGCCUUAGUUGCAGUGUUCUCAUUAGCAAUCAUUUGGUUCUUCUUUUACUUUAGACCAAUUACUUAUGGUGAUGUCACCUUGACUCCUCAAGAAGUUAAAGCUAGAGAAUGGUUCGAUAUAAAGCUACACUAUUCUACUUAG